AUGGCUCCCGCCGACAACCUCCGGAAACGCAAAACAGCCGCUGACGGCAACAUCCCCUCCAAACGCGUCCCCGCCAAAACACCCGAAGAAUACGACAACUCAAAAGAGAAACGCGAUGCUCAAGGUGUCGACCUCGAACCCAACAUUUGGGUUGUAGCCUGGCUCGCAUUAUCCUUCAUCAGCUUCCUUGUCGCCAUCUUCUACUACAAAAUCGACAACCGCAAUCACGGACCCGUUGCAGCAUACAUCAACCAGAACUACCCUUUCGUUGAUCGCGCUCUAAACAACUACGCCUUAGGCAAAAAGCCCGCUCCGCUGUUCGGCGCCGCCGCCCACGAACACGAUGGCAGCGAACAUGACCACUCCCACGACAACUUCGACGAUGCCACGCCUAUGGACAUCCCGGGUAUGGCAGAUGGCGUCAGCGAUCUUCUCUCCCUCACCGAAGCCGAGUUGAAAGCCUACACCGGCGAAGACAAAUCGAAACCAAUCUACCUCGCCAUCAACGGCACAAUCUUCGACGUCUCCUCCUCUCCAGCCUUUUACGGACCUGGUGGUCACUACAAUCACUUCACCGGAAAAGACGCAACUCGCGCUUGGGUGACGGAAUGCUGGGAUACUGAUGAUCAAUUCACUUGGCGUCUCGAGGAUGUCCACCUCAUGUUCAUGCCUAAGUACCUCGACGAAAUGCUCACUGCGGUCGCUGAGGGAGAUUUCUCUGGAGAUCUGGGCGCAAUGGGUGCCAUGCCGCAAGAGAUGAUGACGAAUUUGGCGAGUAAAGCGAUCGAUCGCUUUGGAAAAGUCAGACCAAAGACAAUUCAGAAGAGAAGAGAGGAGGAUCGAAAGGAAGCGGAUAAGAAGGUGCUGGAGACGCUGGAUCAUUGGUAUAAUUUCUUCUGGAAUAACGACAAGUACAAGGUUGUUGGAAACGUGAUUCGGGAUGAAGAGGGAACGCCAAAGACUCCUCCGAAGCCGUGCGAGGAAGCAAUGAAGAAGAGGCCGCUCAAAGGAGGGAAGCUGGAGUCGAUGAUGGGAAGUGUCGGGAGUUUGUUCCAGGGUGGUGGUCCGGCGAUUGAUCUUAGUGCUAUGGGUGGCGGAGCUGCUGCGGGCAAGGAUGGUGAUGCGAAGAAGGGCGAGAUGCCCGCUGCUGUGAGGGAGCAGAUUGAGAAGGCGAAGAAGGAGGCACAGGAGAAGGGUGGACAAGCAGCAGGUGCUGCGGCUGAUGCUGCGGAGAGCGUGAAAGAGAAGGUCAAAGAGGGAGCCAAGGGCGCGGCGGACAAGGUGAAAGAGGGCGCUGAGAAGGUCAAGCAGAAGGCCGAGGAUGUCAAGGACGAGUUGUGA